AUAAAGAUGCAGAGUCCUCACCAAAGGAAUCCAUCAACUUAACACCAAGGGUUGAAAAAGCACAGUUGACUGCAGUGCCUGAUGAUGAGCCGGAAAGGAGAGACUUGAUGAAAGCCCAGCCCCCAGACUCAGCAGUAACAGCUGAACCUCUUUCCACACAUGAGCCAAAUGGGGAUGAAGAACAGUCCGAGAAAGAGGAUGUUGAGGAUGAAGACCUUAAGGCACCAGUAGAGCUGAUAAUCGAGUUCCUCAGAGCUGUGAUGGACAGAGACUUUCAGCUGGCCAGCAAACUGUGUCAGAUGAUUCUCAUCUAUGAGCCGGACAAUCCUGAGGCCUCUGAGUUUCUCCCGCUGAUCCAGAAGAAGCUGUUGGAGGUGGUGUCAUGGCAUCCAACUGGAGAAGUAGCGCCACCAGCUGUUUGUCUGGAUGAACCAACCCCUACUCGCAUGGAAACAUUUUAA